AUGGGUGAUACAAAUGGACAAGUAGUAGCUGGUGGUAAUGGCGAAGGAAAUCGAUUGGAUCAAUUGAAUCUACCAAUCGAUGUGUUGUUUGACAAAGAGACGGAUAGUCUCAUUAUUUGCGAUACAUGGAAUCGACGAGUCGUACGAUGGUCUCAUCGUAGUGGGACAACUCAAGGAGAACUUCUCAUCGACAACAUCGAUCCUUAUGGAUUGGCCAUGGAUGAUCAGAGAUAUCUCUACAUCUCUGACUACGACAAAGAUGAAGUAAGACGAUAUCAAAUAGGAGACAAGAAUGGAACUCUUGUAGCUGGUGGUAAUGGCCAAGGUGAUGGUCUCACUCAACUCAAGGCUCCGACCUACCUCUUUGUCGAUCAACAACAGACUGUCUACGUGUCAGACAACAACAAUCAUCGUGUGAUGAAAUGGAAUAAAGGUGCAAAAGAAGGAAUUGUCGUCGCUGGAGGUCAAGACGAAGGGGAUGCUCUGACACAAUUGUGGUAUCCUCAAGGACUGUUCGUCGAUACAUUGGGUACCAUCUAUGUGGCAGACUCGCGGAAUCAUCGAGUGAUGCGUUGGCCUAAAGGAGCGAAACAGGGCACUGUCAUUGUGGGUGGAAAUGGCCAGUUGAAUGUUCCUUUCGGUUUGUCCUUCGAUCGACGUGGCAAUCUCUAUGUCCUCGAUAAUGAGAAUCAUCGUGUUCAACGCUUUUCAAUGCAAUAG